CGGGGAAGCGGGGGCAGAACGAGCUCAAGUAGCUCCCGCUCUGCAGCCAGGGACCGCUCUGCGCCCUCCUGCCCGGUGCGCCUCCUUGGUCCGUGAACUCGCGCUGCCCUGCCGCUGCCAUGUGUGCGGCUCGGACGCCGCCGCUGGCGCACAUCUUCCGAGGGACUUUCGUCCACUCCACCUGGACCUGCCCCAUGGAGGUGCUUCGCGAUCACCUCCUCGGCGUGAGCGACAGCGGCAAAAUAGUGUUUUUAGAAGAAUCAUCUCAGCAGGAAAAACUGGCCAAAGAGUGGUGCUUCAAACCAUGUGAGAUCAGAGAGCUGAGCCACCAUGAGUUCUUCAUGCCAGGCCUUGUUGAUACACACAUCCAUGCUCCUCAGUAUGCCUUCGCUGGAAGCAACGUAGACCUGCCACUUUUGGAGUGGCUGACCAAGUACACCUUUCCUACAGAACAAAAGUUCCAGAACACUGAUCUUGCGGAAGAAGUCUACACCAGAGUUGUCAGGAGAACACUAAAGAAUGGCACAACCACGGCUUGCUACUUUGGAACAAUUCACACUGACUCAUCCCUGAUCCUUGCGGAAAUUACAGAUAAAUUUGGACAGAGAGCAUUUGUGGGGAAAGUAUGCAUGGACUCGAAUGACACCGUUCCCGAAUACAAGGAAACCACCGAGGAGUCGGUCAAGGAGACAGAGAGAUUCGUGUCAGAAAUGCUUCAGAGGAACUACUCAAGGGUGAAACCCAUAGUGACCCCGCGCUUUUCCCUUUCUUGCACGGAGACCCUGAUGAGUAAACUUGGCAACAUCGCGAAGACCCAUGACCUGCACAUCCAGAGCCAUAUAAGUGAAAAUCGUGAAGAAGUUGAAGCUGUGAAAAGCUUAUUCCCUGAUUACAAAAACUACACAGAUGUCUAUGAUAAAAAUAAUCUCCUGACAAACAAGACAGUCAUGGCACAUGGCUGCUAUCUUUCUGAAGAAGAGCUUAACAUCUUCAACGAACGAGGAGCAUCCAUUGCACAUUGUCCCAACUCUAACCUAUCGCUGAGCAGUGGCUUACUGAAUGUGCUUGAAGUCCUGAAGUAUAAAGUGAAGAUAGGGCUGGGGACAGAUGUGGCUGGUGGUUACUCCUAUUCCAUGCUUGAUGCCAUCAGAAGAGCAGUGAUGGUUUCCAACAUCCUCCUAAUUAAUAAGGUGAAUGAGAAAAGCCUUACUCUCAAAGAAGUCUUCAGACUGGCCACCCUUGGAGGAAGCCAAGCCCUUGGGCUGGAUAGUGAGAUUGGAAACUUUGAAGUUGGCAAGGAAUUUGACGCCCUCUUGAUCAACCCCAAAGCAUCGGACUCUCCCAUUGAUCUGUUUUAUGGGGAUUUUGUUGGUGAUAUUUCUGAGGCCGUUAUCCAGAAGUUCCUCUAUCUAGGAGAUGACCGGAAUAUUGAGGAGGUUUAUGUGGGCGGAAAGCAGGUGGUUCCGUUCUCCAGCUCAGUGUAAGACCCUUGGGCAUCCACGAUGUUCUCCUGGGAUGACAUGGUUCUGCAUCUUCCUUGUUCCCAGGUGCCGGUUAGAAAGUAUGUUUUAAAAAAGUGCUGUGUUCUUCGGAUGACUUCUGUUUCUGUGUCUGCUUACAGUGCUCACUUGGUAAAUUGUGCAAAGGAAGUGCACUGUUCCUCGACUUUGGUUGGGAGCAUUCAUAAUUUCAUGACAGUGCCUCCUUCGGGGCUGCUUAGAUCUGUGUUAAGCGCAUACAGAAGGCAGUGUUAACAGCUGGCACUGUGCUUCUAAUAUUGAAGUAAAACCUUUCCAUGUAGGGAAAUAUGGUGCAAAGAAAUAUCCCUAUGUGGUUAGACAUUCUGAACUAAGUGGACUCCGUGCGUACCACUGAGUAGAUUUUUUAUGAAAGGGCACAAGCUAGACUGUGAACAGAUGUUGAAAAAAAUCAUUGAUUGUGCUUGGAAAUUAAAUACUGAGAACACUCAUGUAAAAAGAGAACUUACUGGGUUUUAAAAUGUGCUUCUAGGUUGACCCUAAUCCAUGGAAAUUUGCACUUUAUGGAAUUUGCAUUUCAGAGAUGUGUUAUUGUUAUGCUUCGCCUUCUUUAGGGAUGAAUGUCAGAACCCGAAUGCCACACGCUUUUCAAAUAUAGUUCUGUACUUCCAAGUGUUUGACAGAUGUUGAGUAUUCAAGAUUUACAGUCUCUUAGGGAUAGUAUCCUUAUAGCCACAUGACAUAAAUAGUUGUGUUUUUGUGUACUUCAGAGUCACCUUGAUUUCUGGCUGUGUGGUGUUACAAUUGCUUCUAUUUUAUUAGAUGAGAAACAAGCCCCAGGUACUGCUGCUGCAUAGACUGGGGUCUUCAUAAAUUGGGGAAGUACUGCACCCCAGGGAGCCAUUAACAGUAACAGGACAGGGUUCUUUGCUCAACGCCCUAUCUACAGUGUGUCAUCAUGGCUGUGAAGUUCUCCCCCUACCAAUGUGCUAGAAAUAAAAAGCCGAGUACAAGUCCUUUAAGGAACAGUGGAUAAGGCUCUGCAAGGCCUGUAGAUUGAAAGUACUCCAAUUUAUCAAAUUAUCACUUGAAUUCCUUAAGAUUUUUCUGGCAUUAGAAUCUUAGGAUAAUGAAAAGGUUAUAGAAAUCCCAUUUAAUGUUUCUGUUAGUAGGGCUUGCUGUGCUAGACAUGAAGGAAUACUAAACAAAAGAAGACACUUUAGCUUUCCUAACUAACAUAAUGUCCCUUAUAACAAUUAAAAUCAGAUUAUAAGCACAUGGCAGAUUCUUAGGAAGCAGUGAUGAGUUCUACUUAGAUACUACAUUUUUCUUAAUUUAUUUCACUCCCUAUAAACAAUCAAAAACAGGGAAUAGGUUUUGUUAGCAUGUCAUUUCAUUCCCAGGACUUAGGUGAGUUUCCAUAUUAUCUUACAACAGAAAAACUUUAGGCAAUAGAGCUAAUUCUGUGUUUUCAAGUCUGAAAGUACACAGUUCCUGUACAGUCCUGUAAAUCUCAGUCUCACAUAGCAUGCUAAUUUGGCAGUAAUUUGUCCAGAUCUAUUUUCCUGGUAGAAGCACUUUCAGAUUUGGUUGUAUAUACAUUACAUCUAAAGAUGGUACAAAUAUUUAGUCUUGCUUAGUUUUAUUUUUUAAAAAAAGAUAGGCUUUUGUUUUGUGACAUAGAAGAGAAUAAGUCCAACUUCUGGUCUUAGUCUGAAUAUCCAGUGUUUCAAGCACACCAGCAACAUUAAAAUGAUCUGCCAAAUCCCCUCCCCCAUUUCUCUCUGAGGUUGGCAAGUAUUUUCUGCUGUAUCUUUUGACUCUUGCCAUAGGAACUUAAUUACAGGGCAUCUAAGCUGAGUGAAACAGGCCAAGUAGCUUAGGUGUGUGUGGGUAAGAGCUCGGCCAGACAGCUGCUUCCAGCCUUUGCAGCUCCCACCCUCAUCUACUCAAGGGUGUUCAUUUUGAUAUUGAAAAUCGGCUUUCACUUAAACUUGAGAUUCACACUUAGUAAUAUAAGUAAGUGUAUUCUGGAAGCAGGAAUAAUAGUCAUUUGACACCCUCCUGGCAAGCAUCCAUAUUAGUCUUGAUAGUGUGUUACAAGCUAAAUAACUUCUAAUAAAAACAAUGUGUUGGAGUGUUUACAUGUACUUUGAUCUCUCUGCAUCCCUUAUAACUUAUGUGUUCUAUUUUCCCAAGUGAAGUGUUCCUGAGUGUUACUUAUGCUGUUUCAGCACCCCAUACAUGGGGUCAGACAUCCUGCACUUUGAAAUGUUGCCUUUACCUAAUGUAGAUUGACUUUCUGAAUUACAGGUAGGCACUCUUCCUAGCCCAUUCCAGUUGUCACAUUUUAUUUGUAUAGUUUGCUGUCUUUAAAAGAAAGCGAUAAACAAAGAGAUAAAAGGAAGGAAACAAGGAAAGAAGGAAGGAAAGAAGGUUAUAAAACAUCCCACCCUCCUACUCUAUACCAUUUAUCUCAAUUCUCUAGAAUUUUUGAUGGACUUCAUUAUAAAAGGUUAAAAAGCAUUAAAAAUUAUCAUAUGUAUUUCCAAAAUUUCUUGCAACCAAAAGAAUAGGCUAAUCAAGUUGAAUUUGAUGGGGGGCAUUUAAAAUAUGAGAUUAGAACUUGAAAAGUUGUUUAAUCUUCUACGGGGCCAAAGAGACUGGACUCCUCUGUUGUGUUAUCUCAGCUGGUUCUUUACUUGCACUGUCAAAGACUUUACAAUCCAAGAACAUAUCUACCUUCAUGCCAGAAGGGGGCCUUUCUAAGUUAAUUCUGUGAGCAUUAGAGUCUCCUUUCUUCUUCAGUGAGACAUUUCAAAGUUAAAUGAAAGGAAAUGGUAGGAAACCCCUUCUUCAUUGCUUAGCAGAUUUUGAAGUGUGCCCUUGGAUAUCCCCACUGGCAAAUGCUCUGAUGACUGUGAGAUCUAGCAGUGUGUUCUGGAUCUUCACUCCCUAGCAGAUUAUUCCUAUUUUUAAGCCUUUUCACUUCAGAAGCAGACAUCUGGGAAGCCUUCAAGGCAUGCUGGAGAGCACAUUGCAUCAGGUCAAGUUCACCUUGUGUACACACAUGUGGGAGAUACCCAGAACUGGUUGCUUCUGGAACUUUGUAAGCCUCUUUUAAAGCUGCUGCUGCUGCUGCUGGAAUAUUCAAAUAUUUUCAGAGAGUUACCUUAGCUACUAACAUACAGAAUGAGAAGUGUAUCAAGGACAAUGGCUUGAAAUACUUUUUAAAUAUAAAAACAAAAGGAGAUGCUUGCAAUUUCUAUUCAACUAGCUGCUGCAGGUAUGAUGUCACACACUACACUUUAUAGUGUCUCCAGAGAAGGGAUGAAAAAGUUUCUAAAGGCCUGAGAAGAAGCAGACAGGUGAAAAAUCACUGAGAAAAUGAAACAACUCAACAUUCAUUGCCAUGCAUGUUUCCAAGCCUACCCUAGCCUUACUGCCUAUCUCCAGCAGUGGGUGUGAGAGAGCGAGUGUUUGAAGGGUUAGCUUGUGGAUCUAUUCCAAAUUUAGUGACAUGCAAAAGCCAGCCAAGUCCACAAUGAAAUGAAAUGUAAGUCCUGAGCAGGCUCUUACCAGGUUACUUAAGUAACUGAUGUCAUUGUUAACCUGUUACUUGGCAGUGACUCAUCUGUCUAUUUCUUACCCAGUAACCCUAUCUGAAAGCAUUCCUUACUUUAUUGUUAACCUCUUGAUGGUUGUUCUUAAGAAUAUAUACAUAUAUGUGAAUGUAGUCAAGGGGACAACCUUCCCCUCAGUAUCUGUAUGAUUUGCUAUUGUUACUGUACUGAGUGAGCUCCUUUGUGCAUCAGGAAACAAAAUAAAUGAGAUUUUGUGUUUGCA